CUAAGAGACAACUUCACAAGCGACGAGAGCCGCAGGGACCACAUCCUGCGAUGCUGGUUCCAUCAAAGCUGCGACAGCUGCCUUGACGUGCCCGACUGUAGCUGGUGUCCAUUUACAUGGUCGUGCGUGCCCAAUUCACAUCACAUCCAGUUCCUUGCCCCAGCGCAUGAGGAGCAAGUCUGUCCCGCCGCGUCCGAGCAGUGGGAGCUCAGAACGCAACCACUGGGAUGUAGCGUGUCGAGCUUCACAACCGUGACGGCCAUCGCGUCGAUAGGCGGGACACUGCUGUUUACAAUCCUC